CGAAUUCGAAUCCUAUUGGUUGAAAUGAACUGACAGCCCGGGCUCCUUAGAAAGUUAGCGCUACUUCGACACUUUGGUUUCCGACUCGAGAUUCGUUGCACGUCUCGCUGGAAAACCUCCCAUAUUUCUUUAAUUGAAUUUAUCUUCUUCCUUUCCUCAUUCAUAAAAUCUCAUCAUGCGUGAAUGUAUCAGUGUACAUGUUGGUCAAGCUGGUGUCCAAAUUGGUAAUGCCUGCUGGGAAUUGUACUGUCUUGAGCACGGCAUCCAACCUGAUGGCCAAAUGCCCAGUGACAAGACCAUCGGAGGUGGAGACGACUCUUUCAACACUUUCUUCAGUGAAACUGGAGCUGGAAAGCACGUUCCACGAGCAGUCUACGUAGAUUUAGAACCGACAGUAGUGGAUGAAGUACGUACUGGUACGUAUAGACAACUUUUCCACCCUGAACAACUUAUCACUGGCAAAGAAGAUGCUGCCAACAACUAUGCAAGAGGCCAUUACACGAUAGGAAAAGAGAUUGUCGAUCUCGUAUUAGACCGAAUCAGGAAGCUUGCUGAUCAAUGUACUGGACUUCAAGGCUUCUUGAUCUUUCACAGCUUUGGUGGUGGUACUGGCUCAGGCUUCACAUCCCUUUUGAUGGAAAGGCUGUCAGUCGAUUACGGAAAGAAAUCUAAGUUGGAGUUUGCAAUUUACCCUGCUCCUCAAGUGUCCACAGCUGUAGUUGAGCCAUACAACUCUAUCUUGACCACCCACACCACAUUAGAACAUUCCGAUUGUGCUUUCAUGGUAGACAAUGAAGCUAUUUAUGACAUCUGUCGAAGAAACUUAGAUAUCGAGCGUCCUACUUACACAAAUUUGAACAGAUUGAUCGGCCAGAUCGUAUCUUCUAUCACAGCUUCUCUGAGGUUCGACGGAGCUUUGAAUGUCGAUUUAACAGAGUUCCAGACCAAUCUUGUACCCUAUCCCAGAAUCCACUUCCCUCUCGUAACUUAUGCUCCGGUUAUAUCUGCAGAAAAGGCUUACCAUGAACAGCUUACUGUUGCUGAAAUUACUAAUGCUUGCUUUGAGCCUGCUAACCAGAUGGUAAAAUGUGAUCCUAGACAUGGCAAAUACAUGGCUUGCUGCCUUCUCUAUAGAGGUGAUGUAGUACCAAAAGACGUUAAUGCUGCUAUUGCUGCCAUCAAGACCAAACGCACUAUUCAGUUUGUUGAUUGGUGUCCAACUGGUUUCAAGGUUGGCAUUAACUAUCAACCCCCAACUGUUGUACCAGGAGGUGAUUUAGCGAAGGUUCAACGUGCUGUCUGCAUGCUUUCAAAUACCACUGCUAUUGCUGAAGCUUGGGCUCGUCUUGACCAUAAGUUUGAUCUCAUGUAUGCCAAACGUGCUUUUGUUCAUUGGUAUGUUGGAGAAGGUAUGGAAGAAGGGGAAUUUUCUGAGGCCCGUGAAGAUUUGGCUGCUUUAGAAAAAGAUUACGAAGAAGUCGGAAUCGAUUCCACCGAAGGGGGAGAAGAUGAAGGCGAUGAAGAAUUCUAAAUUUUUAUACCAUCGAUUUUUCUUUUAUACUUUAAUGUGUUAAUUCAUUAAAAUAUUGUUCUGCA